AUUUUAUGUCACAUCACGAAAUCUGGUCACGUCGGCGAAAUUUCGUUACGAAAACGUCGAGAUAUACAGUUCGCACUCUCUAUUUAAUCACGCAUUUAUUAGGUGUUAAGAGCUUGUGUACGUGAAUUUUCUUCAUAUGCGGCAUGUUAUAUGUGUACGUGUACAAUGUUGAAUGGUAGGGAACUUGGUGUAUAACUAGCGCGAGGAGGAGAGGAAUCGUUUUGUUUCAAGCAGAUAGAAAUCCUAAGCGGACAGGAACUGCAGAAGGUACUUCUUCAUUCUUCAAGUUGGCCUCCAUAAUGCAACAUACAUGUGUGCUGUGAUUUUUGCAUCAUGCCUGUGUGAUGUUUCGCCAUCUAUUGCGAGUAACAAUCAUACUAUCAGAAUUAUUCUUCUCUUGCAUCAAAUCUUGCAAUCCUUGCAUCUGUGGCUAGACAACAAUAUCGAUUCAGUGAUUGUCUCAGAAAAUCAUGACGUUGUUACCACCAACGCCGGCGCAACAGAAACGUAUAGACAAGGAACUUCCAUCUGAUCCGAAAAUGAGAAAACAAGAUAUCAGAGCGCUUCGAGAAUGGCUUUCAAAACAGCCGCAUUUGCCGAAUCACAUAGACGACAACAAACUAGAGAGAUUUCUUUUCAAUUGCAAGAACAGCAUUGAGAGGUGUAAAUUAAUCUUGGAAAGAUACUACACCGUCCGAACAUCCUUGCCGGAAUUUUUCACCGCUCGCGAUCCGCUGUCUCAAGAUAUUCGAGACUCUUUCAAUAGAGUAGAUUAUUUCAUCCUGCCAUCAUUAACUGAGGAAGGGUACCGUGUCAUCAUCUGUCGAUUACGUGACACCGACGUGGAAAAAUUUUCGUUUCAAGCGUUAGUGAAACGUAUUUUAAUGAUACUUGAUAUACGUUUGAUGGAAGAAUUCUGUUUGUCCAAUAUUAUAAUCAUAGAUCUCGAGGGAUCUAGCAUGGCCCACUUCACAAAAUUCAUUCCGACGCAAUCUAUUGUAAAGCGGGCAAUGUUGGCGGUGCAAGAUAGUAUGCCUUUCCGAUUGUCUUGCAUUCACUUUCUUCACGCACCGUCGUUCAUCACUGGUGUAAUCAAUAUAUUUUAUCCACUUUUAAAAGAAAAAUUGACUCAAAAGUUUCAAUUUUUUAACGGUGGUGCGGAAGAAUUAUAUGUUUACAUGAACAAAGAUGUAUUACCUAAUGAAUGGGGUGGCAAAGCAGGCACUUUUCAAGAAUUAAAUGAUGCAUGGCAAGAAAAAAUUGAAAAGAAUAGAGAUUGGUUUCUACGGGAUGAAAAGUUGAGUCGUAUAAAUGAGAAGGCUCGUUUACCGGAAUCGAAAUCAUCCUGUCUUGCAAUGGACAUCGAAGGAACUCAAGGUUCAUUUCGAAAGUUGAAUAUAGAUUAA